AUGAUUGCCAUUGACAUGAUGUCCUACCGAACAUCUGAACAUCAAGGAAUGCAGAGAUUUGUACAGGCAUUGAAUAACAAAUAUCAACUGCCCAAUAGAGAGACCCUCAAAACAUCUUUAGUCCCUAACUAUUAUUCAAAACUAAAAAACAAAUUGUCAAUGGAACUGUCAGAUUGUAAUUUUGUUAGCAUUACAACAGAUAUGUGGACAAGUGCAUCGAAUGAGGGAAUAUUAGCAGUGACAUGUCAUUAUAUUCAAGAAGGAAAAUUAGUAUCACCUUUAUUGAGGGUAAUGAAAAUUGAAGGGAGUCACAAUGCUGAAGCAAUGGCACAGAUAGUGGGUAUAGUUACAGACAAUGCUGCAAGUAUGGUAAACACUGCAAGCAAUUUACGACUUCGACAUUUGCCAUGCUUUGCUCAUAGUCUGAAUUUGUCAGUGCAAGACUCCUUUAAAGUAGAGUCAUUUGAAAAAAUAUUGUCUAAAUGUAAGGCUAUUGCGACAUUCUUUCGCAGCAGUACAUUGGCAAGUGACACAUUGCGUAGGAUUCAAAAGAGAUCAGGUAAACCGGAACUUAAACUAGUACAAGAAGUCGAAACUAGAUGGAAUAGCUCUUUUUUCAUGCUGAAAAGAAUUUCUAUGAUACGUACUGAAUUGGUAAUAGCGAUGAAUGAAUGUCCAAGGGCUCCACCAACGCUGACCGCUGAAAACUUUGAAGCAAUAGAUGAGAUACUCAAACUUCUUGAACCUUUUGAACUGGCUACAACAACAGUUUCGGGCGAGCAUUUUAUAACUUCUUCCUUGAUAAUACCACUAACAAGAGGAAUUUUAAUGAAACUCACAAGUUUUGAAAACAAUUUAAUUACUGAUGAAGGAAAAGAUGUAUUAAAAUCAUUAACAAAUUCAGUAAAAUCAAGGCUAAAACCUUACACAACAAGAACCGCAGCCAUACUUGCCACAAUCUUAGAUGCAAGAUUCAAAAAAUAUGGUUUUUUGUUAUCGCAGGAUGCAGAUCAUGCUAUGCAAUUAUUACAAAAAGAGUAUGCAUCGUAUCUUGCGUCAAAGUCAAAGGCAGCUGAACCGCUUAUAUUGCCAGAACCAUCCACUCAUAUUGCUUCUACGAGCAAAAUUGACGAGUUACUCUUUUUUUCAUCAGAUAAUCAACAAGUAAGCACUCCUGUUAGUGAUGCAAUUAUAGAUAUUAGGCAAUAUAUAGAGAAGCCAGUAAUUGAUAGAAACGACAAAUAUCAAAAUCCGCAACAAACAGCAGAGAAUUAUGGAACUUUGCAGAAAACCAGCGAAGAAAGUAUGGAGAAUAAGAAACCCGAAAGUUUGGAGAAAGUGGCUGACAGCUUAAAAAGUAUGCAGAAUACGCGAGACAGUCGCAAAAGCUACGAGAACGCAGCCGACCAACAGCCGGAGCAGCCGCCAAGCGAUUCGACUCACGACGAAGGCAAUGUAUCUCAGUCAUCGCAACUUAGUUUCGACGGACCGAGAGCCGAUUCGAACGACGAAAGUAUGGAGAAACUGAUAAAUACCCUUGAGCGCUCCCACAGUGAAUCGAGCAGCUCGGAGACAGAUGAUCCACCCGAAUUGAACAUAGACGAACAAGGUUCUGACACCGACACCCCCGACACAAUCAAAAAUUCGUCAACUUUUGAACAAAAAAAAAAGUUAGGAGAAAAUUCUGAAACCUCAAAAUUCGAAUCUGCCUAUAAGACCCUAGCUAUGCCUAGUCACGUAACGGCCAGAAUACUCAACUUCAGGCAAAAUGAGGCCUCAUCAGGGGAGGAAUCACCAAGCAUCAGCAAUACACACUCUCCACAGAAUAUUUUACAGACGUCAGUAGACAUCCACCCCCAAGCACUAUCACUACUUCCUCAGAGAAACCAACAAAUCUCACCGAAAUCGCCAGUCCCAAAAAGGAAAAGGACAAACGAAAUACCACCCCAAAAAUUGGACGAAAUUCAGACCGUAGUAGAUAUGGAUACAGAUACAAACACAGGGGAAUUCCAAACCCCUAAAAAAUUCUCGACCAAUUUCGUGAAGAUUCUCAGGCAAAAGGCAGUGAGAUCACUAAAUACCAAAAAUAGAUUCGAAGUCCUAUCAGAAUCGGAAUCUGAGAAUGAUGAACAACACAAGGAUCCCCCUGUGAAAAAGGGAGGAGAUAGCAAACCUCAAGCUCCACCGAAGCCAAAACCACCUACCACAGGGGCAAAUUCUACCAAAACAGCUAAGAAAUCCGUAAUGCCACCUAUAGUAGUAGAGGGCACGACUGACAACCAUGCCAAUCUCAAAAAGGACUUAAAAAACAUAAUCACUGGACCCUACACGGUUAAAUACACUACAAAUUCAACCAUCCUAUUUGUAGAAAAACAACAAGAUUAUUCCGACCUAAUAACGAGCAUCAGAGAGGCGAAAAUUCCAUUCCACACGUACACGAGCCGUGCAGAAAAAUCACACGCAUUCGUACUCAGAGGGUUGACAAACGGGACCGAGAAGGAACACAUAGAAGAAGAUCUCAUACAAUCGUAUGACAUUAAACCCAGGGAGAUCUAUCAGAUGUCAACCAAAAAUCGACCAUUGUUCCUAGUGGUCACAGAUCCGGCCAUUACCCUGGAUUUCCUAAAUAAGAAUAUAAUGAUUUAG